UGGCCGUGCCGCGGAAGGAACCCGGAUGUGCCGGGGGAGCUGUGUUGGCAGUCUGCGAGCUGAGGUUUGGGCGCUCUUGGGGUCUCCAGGGCCGGGCGGAUGGCUCAGGAUUGGGCGGGCUUCUCUGAGGAAGAGCUGAGGAGACUGAAGCAGAAUAAAGAUCUGUUUGAAACUCAGCGCCGUCUCCCUGUGAAAAAAACUCGACAACAGCUUCAGCGAGAAAAAGCCCUUCUAGAGCAGAGCCAAAAACUUGGUCUUCCAGAUGGAUCAGCCUCUUUACCUCCAGAGCAGCAGCUCUCUACACCCAAACAGAGGGUUCACAAUCAAAAACCAAGUCCUUCCCCGGCGGUCCCUAGUCCUGUCACACUCACCUCUUCCACUGGCAAUGGGAAGACACAAGGUACUGAAAGUCAGCCGCAGGAAGCAUGGCUUCAGAAUUCCCAUGAGGGCCACAGAAAUGCCGAAAUUCUAACUCCAAAGCCAGUUUGCAAAGUGGAAAAAAAGAAAAUGGAAUUGCAAGAAAAAUCUCGUUGGGAAGUCCUCCAACAAGAACAGCGACUAAUGGAAGAGAAAAAUAAACGUAAGAAAGCCCUUUUGGCUCAAGCCAUUGCAGAAAGAUCUAAAAGGACCCAAGCAGAGACCAUGAAACUCAAGAGGAUCCAGAAGGAGUUACAGGCCUUAGACGACAUGGUGUCAGCUGACAUUGGGAUCCUCAGGAACAGAAUUGACCAGGCCAGCCUAGAGUAUUCCUAUGCACGGAAGCGGUUUGACAGGGCUGAAGCUGAGUACAUUACAGCGAAGCUGGAUUUACAGCGCAAAACUGAGACAAAAGAACAGCUCACGGAACAUCUCUGUACCAUCAUCCAGCAGAACGAGCUCCGGAAGGCCAAGAAGCUGGAGGAGCUGAUGCAGCAGCUGGACGUACAGGCUGAUGAGGAGGCGCUGGAGCUGGAGGUGGAGGUGGAACAGUUGCUUCGAGAACAGGAAGCAGAGGCAGGCAAACAAGUGGUUCCUAUAGAGAGGCUGGGUCAGCCUGCUGGGGAGAGUAUGUCUUCAGGGUCUGCUGACUGCAACAAAGAGCCUCAAGUGCAAGCUGCUUCUGCAGAGGCAGACAAGCCGGGCAGACAUUCCAGUAGCCCUCCCCUUAGACUAGACUGCCCAGGAGGAGCCAAGAACUUUUCAGCUGCUGUAGCCACAUGAGGGGCUGGUAUUUGUUCAGUUAGCAUAUCUAUGCUGUAAAUUACAGCCUGUCAAUAAUAAGAGUUCUUUAAACCUGUUUGUGUUUGAAUCCAUGCUUAGUGUUAGUAUGUUUACAUACCUGGUCAUUCCCAAGUCACAGACUGUGACAGUUUCAUAUCUAGGGAGUUUUGACUAUUCAGUGUUCCUUCAGUCCUUAUUACUGAGUUAAAAUAAGUGAAUGAAAGGAUGGAAGAGCCUGGGACCCUGCGUUUAAGUUCCAACACUACAAAAAGAGCAAAGUGGUAGAAGAAAAACUACAUGGCCAGAGUGUUUGAGCAGGUAAAUUCAGAAAAGCAGAGGGUUCUCAAACCUUGACCAAAUGUGGGAAAAUAUUGACUGCAUGGUCUGUUUAUGCAGUCAUUAAAAAGACAAAAAAGUACCUUAGAGAGAGGAGAAGAGAAAAACAGAUUAAAUUACCUCUCUGGUUACUACUGGAGAAACUAAACACAACUUGGAAAUCACAGCUUAUUUUAGGAACUAAACAUCUUAAGCCAACAUUACUUUUCCCUUUAAUUUGUCUGUAAAUGGUUUCUUGUUUAUACCUAAAUUUUGGUUAGUUAAUAUACAUUUAUAAACAAACUGUGUAUGUGUAAUUUUACUUUUGUUGUAUUCUGUUUUCCUCAAUCAAUGAAUUGACAACUAAAAUUUAGACAAAGUGUUUCUAAAGUGAGUAUGAAAAUGGAGAAUAUUAUUGCCACUUGGUUAUCCAACAAUGAUGUAUUCUCUCUCUAAAAGUCUGUAACAUGGGCAUUUUAUAUGUUGAAUAUUAAUUAUCAUAAAGCAUGUAAAUUGUUAAAGUACUCAUUGUCUAGGACUUUCAUAGUUUGUUGAUUACCUGUUCCCUAAUACUUGGCCACUGCAUUGUGCUAUAUGUGAAUGUAUACAUAAAUAUUUUAGUUUUGCCAUGAAGUAUAUUAGUAUUAUCAUAAAUUAUGAUCUAUCAGAAAUUAUAAAAAAUAAAAAAUGUUUUCAGUCAUAAAAAAGGAAAAGACAAUUAUAUCCAUAAUACAUUAUAGAAAAGUUGGAGACAUCCUAUUUUUAGAUUGUUUUUUAAAGUAUUAUCUUCUGAUAAUAAGAAUUAAGAAUGCUUUAUAUUUUUCUAUGACCUAAGUUGCAAGAAUAGUUUUCAUUAAUAACUUCUAAACACAAACAUUUAUUUUGUGUUUUUUUUUAAUGAAUGACAUACAUACAAAUUUAAUCUUCAUUGCCCAAUACAGUCUUAUUUUUCUAAGGAAUAAACAAGUCUGAUGUGUUUACAGUAUGGUGUUUCAUUUACCUUAAAAAAAGUUUCAAACCUUUUUAAUAUGUGUUAACUACCAUGUGUGUGGCACAGACUCAUGGAAGGAGAAAUGUGCUGCUUACCACACCUGGUGCAGCUCUAUGCUUCUGUGAUGUUUUCUGCUGCAUCCACUGCAUCCCCUCCUAACAGUUUUGCUUGGUAACUUCAUUGUGUGUGUGUAGCUUUCAAAUAUGUGCUAUAAAAGUUCCACUGAAACCCUUACUUUGACAAAGCAUUGUCUCACCCAGCUUCCUAGGGUGGUAUCUGCGUACUCAGGUGAUGAUAUAAGUGACAAAAUUAUAUUGCAUAAGUUUUAUGCAAAGGCAGCUGUAGCACAUGUGUGCAAGGAUCCAGAGCAAGUGAGUGAUUCUGAUGUGAGGACCAUAUGUACUGAUUUCCCAGGAUAGCCCUGGGACACAUCCUUAAAAUAAUGCUUCCAUCAGCUUUGAUCUGUAAAUUUAUGAGUACAUUUCUGUGAAGGAAGUCAGCCCAAAAUUACUAAUCAUGCUGUUUGUCUAGUUAUGAAGCAGUGUUUAUCAGAUUGUUGUAAGCUGCACUUACUGGCGAGCAUAAUUCUGUUUUAAACUUAAAUGUAAAGGGUUUCUAAAAACUCCA